AUGAAGCACAACUACCCUUAUGCUGGGCAAGGUGUUCAGCAGCAGCAGCAGGCAUAUGGACAGCCUCCACCGCCUGCUGGUCCAGCACCUCCAUUGCCUUCGUCUGGACCACCACCACCACCACCAGCCUAUGCCAAUUACGGAUAUGGCUCGCUUGCUCCUGGACGCCAUGCCCCAGCUCAUAUGAACAGUGCUGGUGCUGGCAGCCCUCAACAAUCUCAAUGGAAUCAGCAGCAGCCUCACUAUCUGCAGCAGUCUGGCCCUGGUGCUCCUACUACUGGUCACUAUGCUCCUCUGCCUCCGACUCAAUCCGGUCCCUAUCGUGGUCCACAUGCAGGACAAGCGGCAGCAUACAGCCCUCAUGUCCCGCAACAACAACAACAAGCCGCUCAGUAUCCGUACCAAGCUCCAACUCUCAACAUGCAUUCUCCGUCUCCUGCGCCUCCCGCUUAUGCUUAUAGUCCCUCUGCUCCUCAGCAUCAGAAUCUCGCUCCGAACAAUGGUAACGCUCAGAACUGGCCCGGAGCAUAUGCUUCAGGCAAUCAGGUAGGUCCGCCAAGCAAGAAAGCGCGCUAUCAGGCUCCUGCCGUGCCUUCACCUGUACCUCUAUACCGUGCCCCUGGCGUUGCACCCAUGGCAGCGCCAAUGGGAGGCAACCUGGCCGGCCCUGCAGCGGGUCCGUAUGGUCCAGCUGCCGCCAAUCCACCAUUGCAGCAGCCGUAUGCUUGGCAAGGACCCAACACAGCUCCUCCUCCUCAUAGGAGUCCGCAACCGGGUCAGCAAGGAAACUUUGGACGUGUUCCUUCGGGCAAUACAGGCAGAGGUGGCAUGUCUGCUCAACCGAGCAGAGGAGGGAAGAAUGCACGAGCAAGUAGUGCUGGAAAUGGCCUGGGUCGUGGCAUGAAUCGAAAUGGAACCCAGACUCGAAAUGCUGCUCUACCCGCCAACCCAAAUGCUUCUAUGAAUGCUGCACGUACACAGAACGGUCCGGCCCCGGCUUGGGGUCCACAUGCUAAUGCCACGUCUCCAGGGCCCGCAGGUCGAGCUGGACCUGCUGGGUCGAGUUCCGGUCCUUCUGCACAGCUUGGUGCAGGGCGUCGUGCUUCCACUGCCAGCUCCGUCUAUAGCGAAAAGAACAGUCGACGUCAAGGCGCGCCCGCUGUUCCUGGUGCUGGCUCUUUGAGCAAACCAGGCUUUAGCUCACAGAACAUGAUCCCAAUCGAUGCUCCGCGCGGUCCGAACGGUGCUCGGAACAAAGCUGUGAAGGGUGGCAAUGAUGCUCCUUCAACUUCAGAAAAAGGCAACAACGCGGCUGCUCAGAUCGCCAGCGGAUCCGAGGCUGGUUCUAAGAACGCCAACGGCUCGCGCUCUGGCACAGUUGACGCUAUUGCUUCGGUCAAGGACAGCAAUCUCGGCGCAAGCUCGAAACGAGCUCAUAUUGAUUUCCGCAUCCUCGGUCUGGAGAUCAAGGAGCUCGACUGGUCGUGGUUUGCUCCAGAAGCUCUUGGAAAGAAUGUUCCAGGCGGUGUGGAGGUUGACAUUCAGCAGGAUGCGGACCAAGUGAACGCCGAGGCGAACGAUGCUCCGGCCGUUACAGCCUCACAGGCAGCCGACGAUGAUGACAUCAAGCGAGACGUGACUAUUCCGGCUGAUGGCAAUCAGGUAGCUAACGCAAAUGAGGCUCAAUCGACUCGCGGUGACGAAGCUAAAGAUGAGGAGAACGACGAACAGAACGCAGAUCCGAAGGACGAGGCUGAACCGAACUCCAAUGAGAUCAACGACCACCAUGAUGAGCAUGCAGAUUACGACGAACACCCGCUCGACGCUCAAGGCGAAGCGGAAGACGACGCAGGCGGCGAAGCGGAUGCUCAGGCUGACGCUGACGCUGAAACUGGUAUUGGCGAUGAUGCUGAUGACGAUGCUGAGGCUGACGCAAACGCCGAUGGUGAUGCAGAAGCUGAUCCGGAUACUGAAGAUGAUCUUCAGGCAAACGGCGACGGAGACGUCUCGAUGUCUCAAGUCGAGUCAGACUCCCGGCACUCCGUUCCGCCCACUCCCGAGCCCAACGGUGAGCCGCCCAAUGGAAAGCAGGCCGCACAAGCCAGCAAUGGCUCCAAGACAUUGGCCAAUCUUCGCGAGUCCACCAAAGUUCGCUUUUGCUUUGCUGCAAUGUCCAACGCUGGGCCCGAAGGGGCUCCCACAGGUCCAAAGGCCGAGCAGAUCCCCGAAGCUGCUGCGGACACAAGCACUGAGGUCAAGGUGAAAACUGAAGAUGGCGUCGAGGCGGAGGCGGACAACGUUUCUGCCGAGGGACAAGAGAAGGCAAUGGAUGCUCCUGCCGCUGAAGCAGAGCAAGAGAAGCCUGCGAAAGAGGAUGCAGGAGCAAGGCAAGAGGUCAAAGUUGAGACUGUGGCAGAUGUGAAGCAAGAUGAGACUGCUGCAGGUGGACCAGAUGCCGACACGGUUGAGGAGAAGUCCUCAGAAGAGCAGUCUGCACAGCUAACAGAGGAUGAGGCUGCAGAUGCUACUAGGGAAGGAGUGGGAGAGAAAGAGGAGGACAAGAAACAAGAGAGCAAAGCAAAACCUGGCAACGAAACGGAGCAGCAAGACGAAGAAUCCGCGACAGCCUCAUCUACAGGCAAGAAAGCCAAGCCUCCAGCUGACUUGGCGCCACAAGCAAAAGGUCCGCCUCAGCUUUCACUCAACCGCAUCUUCCUAUCAUUCGCCGCCAACAGAAAGCGCCUCGCCAUCGACGCAGAGGCGGUCAAAUCGGUCAGGAUCCACCGUUCCGAACACUGGAUCGAAAUCAUCAUCAACACAGCUCGUCAAAAUGCUGCAGCAGGACGCAAAAAAGGGGAAGAGUACCUCGUGUGCAACAAAACUUUGCUGGAGAAACGCGCAAAAGGACAAGAAAACUACACAGCAGUCACUCUUAACGGAAUUGCUUCUUUCUGGACCUCCUCCUCCUCCUCUUCCGCCUCCUUCGCCGAGAGUAACGAAGCUGAGCAUCUCGAACUUCCCCCAUUCUUCCGACUCCCCCAUCCAUCCCCGCAACUUACAAUCCUAGUGAAGUUGGACCCAUCAGCACCACUCCCCGAACCAACCUGGCUGCGGAAGAACGACGUUGCCUCUCUUCUCGCAAAUCUUCAACGCAGUUCUGGUCGAUCCGAGACGGCAGUUUCCGUAGGAGCAGCACAACAUGUUUGGGCGGGUAAGAUCGAAGUUGUUGAUCCCGACCCACCUCCGUCCAUGGGGACUGUGCUUUAUGAAUGGGUGAAAGAAUCGGUUGUUGGGAGUCAGAGGGAGAGGAAGAGAUUUGUUGAUCAACUGCUUUGCAAAGCUAAGGGUCAUGGGGUGAAGGAGGCAAAGAAGGAGGAAGAAGGGGAGAAAGAGAGGGAGAGGGAUGUUCGAGUGACAAGAAGUUUCAUCGAAAUUAUUUUGAGGUUGAUCAAGGGCGAAAGAGUUGCAAUCCCCCCCUCCAACCUUAAUGACAUGGGGGGAUCUAGUUCAGCCCCAACCGAAUCUUCCAGCUUCAGCCGAGCAGCAUCAAAGGCGAUGCUGACAACAACAACGACUUAUCCAGGAUGGAUCAUGAUCAGUCUGCUUAAUCUUCUUCUGGACAAUCCUGCGACCGAUUCAGCAGAGGUAAGGAGGCAAGUGGAUAGAAUGUGUAUGGAUAUUCCUAAGUCGAGCUUGUUUAAGGGUUUGGAUUUGACGCUUAAGGAUGGUGUGGGAGAUGGUCGCGAAUCGACAGCAGGUCAAGGUGGGGUUGGUGGUAGUGGAGGGAGUAAGGUAGGGGCGGGGAGAAUUGGCGGAGGAGGAAUGGGGGGUGGGGGAAAGGUUGCUGGUGUGAAACGUCAAUAUGGAGGAGGAGGAGGACAAGGUGGGGCUGGAAGACAAGUUGGUGGUGGUGGUGGCGGUAGGUUUGGGAAACGGAAACGUAACUAG